AUGACCGAGCUUCGCUGGUCCUCAAGCCAUGUCACGAGGCCCUGUACCCUCUCGGAUUUAUCUUCUGGGGGAAUUACCAACGAAGAAUGUUGUGUCAGCUCAUACCUACCAACCACGGCCAUUCUCAUAUUGAAACACGAGUCCCCCCAUGGAUCCGAUACCAACGUCUUCGUUCAGACCGAUCUCAUACUAGAAAAUAUCACAGCAGAACACACUCGUGUCGGCGAGUGGCUCAACGUUAUUGGCUACCUUACCGCGGGAGCUCUCGGCCAGGCGCCUCGUAGAGACUCUCGUGACGCUUAUGUCCAGGCCCUGUUGCUCUGGCCCGCCGGGCCCUUUGAUAUUCGGAGAUAUGAAAGAUCUUUGAAAUCGUAAAAGAACCCAGUCUCGUUACGCUUUGUAUGGUCAUCCAUCCCACCGGGUCGAGACUCACAGGUCGUCGUCGAGGCGCCCGACGCUUAUGGGCCCCAACCCGCUUGAUCCGGCCUACGGGGUAGUUACCUACGCAAACAUGUCUGUAGGUACGCACGCAAGGCAGUACGCGUAUACGGUCGA